GCGUUACCCGGAAGUGCUACAUUUGGCAGAAACAUUUCGAGCUAGAUAGCUAUAAAGAAUAAUAGCUAAGUGCAGUUAGUUUCGCUCAAAAAUUAUUCAAAAAUAAAAUAAAAUAGCUGCAUUGAAGAGUACGAUAUGGGCAAUACACUUUCUAGAGAUGACAACGUCUCAACUCUAGGCAACAAUACUUUGUGAGGGAAGAUAGCCUUGCAGGCUAUCUAAUUUUGCUAAUGUUACAGUAGCUACUACUAGAUGAUGUUUAGAUUUCUGCAAAAGUAAGAAGCAGAUUAGCUAGAUUGACAUGAUUGCAUAAACAACCGUGUUCAAGGUCAAUGCCGUAGUGGUUAAAUCGUAGAGUUAUUUAGCAGAACUGACCACAUGGCUGUUUAGACCUCUGUGCAGAUAGUUUUAGUUAUUUAUCAUUGCUGCGAAGGCGAUUCUUGUGAUCAAUGAUUGUUUGACAUUUUAGUCAUUAAGUAUAAGAGCGACUUAAAAUUCAUGAAUUUGUUUUAAGAUAGUUAGGUGAGACGACACAUCACGUCAAAUUUUCCCUCAACAAAGUAUUUAUCACCAAAGGCAGUGCUAGUGGGAAAAGAGAAGUACAUUUUGAUUUGUUUGUUUUUAAUACUUGGCGUAAUCUGUCUAGCAAUCAAGCUUGCCAACCUAUCUAGCUCGUCAGUUUCUGGAUUCAGACUAGUCUGUUUACCACUUUCCAAUAGUCAGGCUAAUUGUUGCAUAGCAAAGCACAGCUGCAAUUAUGUCUAUGGACGACUUCACUUCGAUCAGCCUGCUGUCCCUGGCAAUGCUAGUGGGAUGUUAUGUGUCUGGAACCAUUCCUCUGGCUGUCAGCUUCUCAGAGGAGAAACUGAAGCUGGUGACUGUCCUGGGAGCAGGGCUGCUGUGUGGUACUGCCCUGGCUGUCAUCAUCCCCGAGGGGGUCCAUGCCCUGUACGAGGAGGUCCUGGAGGGUGUGCACCACGCCCCUGGCCAGGUGGAGGGGGUGGGGGUGUCUGAGCCCAGGGAAGGUGUUGAUGCAGCUCUGGGGGUCAGUGUGGCGCACAGCCACGGCCACGAGCACCUCCAUGCCUACAUCGGGGUUUCCCUGGUCCUGGGGUUCGUCUUCAUGCUGCUGGUCGACCAGAUCGGAAGCGCCCACGUACACAGCAGUGCUGACGAUCCAGAGUCUGCGAGGGUUGCCAGCUCAAAGAUCACCACCACCUUGGGACUAGUGGUCCAUGCAGCAGCUGACGGAGUGGCUCUCGGGGCAGCGGCUUCAACUUCCCAGACCAGUGUUCAGCUCAUUGUCUUUGUGGCCAUCAUGCUUCACAAGGCCCCAGCAGCUUUUGGCCUGGUCUCUUUCCUGAUGCAUGCUGGUCUGGAGAGGAAUCGGAUCCGUAAACACCUGCUGGCCUUCGCCCUGGCAGCACCUGUCCUCGCCAUGGUUACCUUCGUAGGACUCAGCCAGAGCAGUAAAGAGGCACUGUCCAACGUGAACGCCACAGGGGUGGCCAUGCUGUUCUCUGCCGGGACCUUCCUGUAUGUUGCCACCGUACACGUUCUGCCUGAGGUGGGCGGGACCGGACACAGCCACUCCCCCACACCGGGGAAGGAAGGAGCGAAGGGACUGAGCAAGGUGGAGGUUGGGGCUCUGGUUCUGGGCUGUCUGCUACCGCUGGUGCUGUCUGUGGGACACCACCACUAGACACACACCGCUAGUAGACACAGAGGAGACCAAGGGAAGGAGAGGAAGGGUGGGAUGUAAGAGAGGAAGAGUGGGUUGAGAGGGAAAGCAGCCUAACGGACAUCUCUAUCACACAUCUCAAAUGUCUUAUGUACCUGUUCUGUUGAUGGACUUCUGAUUUGGUUGGAUUGCGGUUGUUGUGUCCUCGUUGCCGGGACAACGACCUGCGGGUGGAAUCGGAACUGCGCUGGACAACACAAAGGGAUGAUGAUGAUGUCAUAACCAUAGUAAUAAGGACCUCCCACUUGUUCAACACUCUAAAGGAAGUGCUAUCUGCUGAUACUGAUGACAAGACUGCUACCAUGGUUUCUGCUUAAAAGAAGCAGACAUUUAUUUUUCUAUUUUUUGGGGGGUGGGGGGGGGGGUCUCUCUAGGUAGGCUUUACAGACAACAGGGGAGUUGGUCAUUGUUGUAUCCUGUUUCAGUGCUACAAAUGAACUGUCAACUCCUGAACUCAUGUUAAUGUACCUGCUUUUGUUUUGGGCUGUGAGAAAUGAAGAGAUAUUUGUGACAUCUUGCAGUAAAAGUAAAGGUUUUAAAUCAA